UUCUAGACGGGCUUGAAACCGUGCGGUCUGAGUCAGCUUUUUCUCUUCACUCGCUAUCCGAUUCCGUGAUAUUAUCUUUUAAUGGCUGCGGCUGCUGUUGCAACACCGGGGGCCACUGUGCUCCCUCCCUCGGCUCCCAGUGCCGCUCCAGGGGCCAAGGCUCCAGCGGCUGGAGCUGGCAAAGGUCCAGGAAAUCUGCUGGAGAUCACUGGCGAAGCAAACAUCAUCAACUAUAUGAAGAAUCGCCUGAGGAAGGGUGCGAUGAAGCGAAAGGGUCUCGAAAUGGUCAAUGGUCAUCGUUUCGGAGUGAGAUUCUUUAAGAAUCCAACCUACUGUGGUCACUGCAAGGAUUUCAUCUGGGGCUUUGGCAAGCAAGGUUUUCAGUGCGAGGAGUGCCGCUUCAACAUUCACCAGAAGUGCUGUAAGUUUGUGGUGUUCAAGUGUCCUGGUAAGGACACGGACUUCGAUGCCGACUGCGCCAAGGUGAAGCACGGCUGGAUCUCCACCACCUACACCACACCGACAUUCUGCGACGAGUGCGGACUGCUGCUCCAUGGAGUCGCCCAUCAGGGCGUCAAGUGCGAGAAUUGCAACCUCAAUGUGCAUCAUGCCUGCCAGGAGACAGUGCCACCGAUGUGCGGUGCGGACAUCAGCGAGGUGAGGGGUAAGCUACUACUCUACGUCGAACUUAAGGGCAAUAACUUGAAAGUUGAUAUUAAGGAGGCGGCUAACCUCAUUCCCAUGGAUACCAACGGGUUUAGCGACCCCUAUAUUGCAGUGCAAAUGCAUCCGGACCGUUCGGGCCGCACCAAGAAGAAGACCAAGACCAUUCAGAAAAACCUCAAUCCAGUGUUCAACGAGACCUUUACUUUUGAGUUGCAGCCGCAGGAUCGUGACAAGCGUUUGCUCAUCGAGGUCUGGGAUUGGGAUCGCACUUCUCGCAAUGACUUUAUGGGUUCGUUCUCGUUCAGCCUGGAGGAACUGCAAAAGGAGCCAGUUGAUGGCUGGUACAAGUUCCUGUCGCAAGUGGAGGGUGAACAUUAUAACAUACCCUGUGUGGAUGCCUUUAAUGAUAUAGCUCGCUUAAGGGAUGAAGUUAGGGUAAGCGGAUGUCAUCACCAGAUUUGCCAUAUAUUAAAUAUUCCUGAUUUUCAGCACGAUCGUCGUCCGAUUGAAAAGCGUCGCAUGGACAACAAGGAUAUGCCGCAUAACAUGAGCAAACGCGAUAUGAUUCGAGCUGCUGAUUUCAACUUUGUAAAAGUUAUUGGCAAGGGAUCCUUUGGCAAAGUCCUGCUGGCCGAGCGGCGUGGCACGGAUGAGCUGUAUGCCGUGAAGGUCCUGCGAAAGGAUGUCAUUAUCCAAACGGACGACAUGGAGCUGCCCAUGAAUGAGAAGAGAAUUCUAGCCCUAUCCGGACGUCCUCCUUUCCUCGUCUCCAUGCACUCAUGUUUCCAGACUAUGGACCGAUUAUUCUUCGUAAUGGAGUACUGUAAGGGUGGAGAUCUUAUGUACCAUAUGCAGCAGUAUGGAAGGUUCAAGGAGUCUGUGGCUAUUUUUUACGCUGUGGAAGUGGCUAUUGCUCUGUUUUUCCUCCACGAGCGUGAUAUUAUCUAUAGAGAUCUGAAACUGGACAACAUUUUACUGGAUGGUGAGGGACAUGUAAAGCUGGUUGACUUUGGAUUGAGCAAAGAGGGCGUUACCGAGCGGCAGACCACGCGAACUUUUUGUGGUACUCCGAAUUAUAUGGCUCCUGAAAUUGUUAGCUACGAUCCGUACUCCAUCGCCGCUGACUGGUGGUCUUUUGGUGUAUUGCUUUUCGAAUUCAUGGCAGGCCAGGCUCCAUUCGAAGGAGAUGAUGAAAAUACCGUCUUUAGGAACAUAAAGGACAAGAAGGCUGUGUUUCCAAAGCAUUUCAGCGUGGAGGCCAUGGAUAUAAUAACGAGCUUCCUGACUAAAAAGCCGAACAAUAGAUUGGGUGCAGGGCGCUAUGCCAGGCAGGAGAUUACCACGCAUCCUUUCUUCCGGAAUGUGGACUGGGAUAAGGCAGAGGCAUGCGAAAUGGAGCCACCUAUUAAGCCAAAGAUAAAACAUCGCAAGGAUAUAAGCAACUUUGAUGAUGCCUUUACCAAGGAGAAGACGGACUUAACUCCCACGGAUAAGCUUUUCAUGAUGAAUCUGGACCAGAACGAUUUUAUCGGAUUCUCUUUCAUGAAUCCCGAGUUCAUAACCAUCAUUUAAAAAGGUCUAAAAAAGCUUUGAGAAAAGUUUAUAGGCUUCCUCGAAAAACUAGGCUUUUGCAGGUUAAUUUACCCAAAUUUAUUUAUUGUAUCCUUCGCUAAAAGCCAUCUAAAUGUUCAUUAAAGCUUUAACGCUUAAAGCUCUGAUAUUUA